AUGGAGGAGCUUCAAGCCCGCCAUAGGAAGGAGCAGCGAGAUCUCCAAAGCCGGAUCACGCAGAAGAAGAAGCAGGCCAGCAAGAAGACACGGAAAGGCGUGAACGACGAAUGUGAUCGACUGGAGGCAGAUUUGAAAGAGAAGCAAGCGGGCGAGGUUGCUGCGUUGAACGGCGAGGAUACGGCUGUGACAGUCGAAGCUCUGGACGAUCUGACGCUGGACACCACCCAAACCACGGAGACUGCGGUCGCCGAUGAGACAGCCAGCAGCGCUACAGCAGAAGCCGGCGAUGCCGGCACCGGAGUAUCCGAGCCAAACGGUGAAGCGCAAGGGCCGAAGAAGGGCAACCGACAGAAAGCACGCCUUGCACGUCGAGCAGCUGAACAAGAGGAGGCAGCCAGAAAAGCAGCAGAAGAGGCGAAGAAUCUGCCGGAUCUUAAGGAGCAGGAGCGAAGCAGAAUGCUGGAGGCCAUGAAGGCACGAGACCAACUUGACCACUUGAGAAUACCACUGGGCGCAACGCCAGGAGACAUGCCUGAUGUUGCAGGGUACAAGCUCGUACGGUCUGCCGCGGCAGAAUACAUCGAGAAGAACUCGGACGAUUUUGUGCCAUUCCUUGAGGAGCCAUUGCCGGACUAUCUCCACAAGAUCCGGGAUACUGGAGAAUGGGGAGGGCAAUUGGAGCUUCUCGCGCUGGCGAAGACUUACGGGACCGUCAUCAAUGUGCUUCAAGACUUCGGCCGGGUAGAGAAGAUCGAGGGAGGGAGCGGCGAGAAAGCCAUCUGGCUAGGGUAUUACAAGCAUGGCUUUGGACUUGGAGAGCAUUACAACAGCCUGAGAAAAGCAGGAUGA